AUGGAAGGAAGCAGAUCCUGCGAGGUUCCCCUGGGGACGGCUGAUCCAGAGAGCGACGCUGGUCAAGUUAAGAGCACACCUGCUUCCCCCUCCAAAGAGGUUCACGAGGGUGUUAAGGGGGUCAUCUUGUCUUCCUCGUCGAUUUUAGACUUGAGUCAAAGUGGUCUUCACCGUUUAGGAGAGAUCUUUAAAAUUCCCAACCUUAAACGAUUGCAUCUUCAAAGAAAUGCCCUCUGUGAGAUUCCUAAAGAUUUCUUCCAGUUACUGCCAAACCUCACUUGGCUGGACCUCCGCUAUAACAGAAUUAGAGCUCUUCCUUCUGGGAUUGGGUCUCACAAGCAUUUGAAAACUUUGCUUUUAGAAAGAAAUCCUAUCAAAAUGUUACCUGUGGAGCUGGGGAAUGUGACCUCACUGAAAGCGCUGAACCUGGGACACUGCCCUCUGGAGCUCCCUGCUCCGCUCAUGGUGCAGAAGGGACUGGGCUCUCUCCUGGCCUUCCUGCAGAUCUAAGCUGCUCAGCACUCUGCCCCCCCCAAGAUUUAACUUCUCGAGGUUUUGAUUUCACCAGUUACAAUGAUGAAUCUAAGUGAGCUGCCACAGCCCUUGUAUUUAUCUGAGGAAGAAACUGUGCCUGAUGAAGAUGCCAUUAACUCCCAGGAUCAAAAGGUGUUAAAAGAAAAGGCAGUCUUUUUCCAGCCUGUUGAGAAGCUAGACCUGAGUGAACUGAGAAAGUCCACGGAUUCCUCAGAAGACUGGCCGGCUGAGGAAGAAAUCAAGCGCUUCUGGAAGCUGAGGCAGGAGAUCAUUGAGCAUGAACACGCAGAAGUGCUUGAAAACUAGCUCUUAGUGAUGGAAUUGCCUCCAAAUCUCAGGGCAGCGUUAAACAUGAAGGAGAAAGAACAUUCCAGCCCAAGACAUGUGCUCAGUAGGAAGAUGCCCUCCAUCAGGAGCGUCCUGCCUGCCCUGGUACCAUCACAGCUCGCGGGGCUCCCCACCAGGAGGACCCAGGAGAGCAGGGCUGUGGCCAUCUGGGAGCACUGGGAGAAGCAGGUGGUGAUGGAGCAGCGGAGACGAGAUGAACGAGCGCUGCGGGAGAGGGAGCGAAUCCGGACCAGGAGCAUGGCGGAGGAGGCGCCAAGCAAGCCCCUCCCUCCGUGGUGGAGUCUGGUGGCCUCAAAGAUUCCCUUUGCCACGGAUUUGAUAGAUAAUGAGAAAAUGCCAGUGAAUCCGUCUGGAAAAAUGAGGCCAAGCAAAGAGAAGUCGUCAGAAGCAAGUAAAGACAAGAGGUUGGUCCCUGGGAUCCAAGGCUCCAGUCGGAGAGAUGAGGCGCAGGAGGCUGGGUCGGGCCCUGUGACGCACCCGCCCGGCUCCCCGCCGCCUCCCCUGGCCCGGGCGCUCUCCGCCACCGCCCCGGCGCCGGCUGCCGUCAACGGCGCGAGAACACAGGCGCGAAAAUCUCAGGGUUAUGGGAAGAGCCUGCGUGUGGAGCGGAGAGGGGAUCGGGGCGAAGAGAUUUCUUUUACUGAUGAUAUAAAGAACAGCCAGCUUCUCGAUUUCUCCCGGUCGUUUCCCCACCACCCCCGUCGCCAGCCUUCCGCGGCGGAGACAGUUGAGUCUUCCCGCCAGACGCCGGAGGCCGGCGCGCCGCCUUCCGCGCGCCCGCCACACGUCCGGAGUAAACGGGCGAAUCCUGGGCCGCAGAGGGCGGGGCUCCUCGGUGCGGGCCUCCCGGGGCCAGGCGGCGCGCGCACUGAUUCGGGGGCCGCGGCGCUGCUCGGCGACGCUUAUCAGCGCCGCGCUGCCAGCAGCAUUUCAAUUAACAUUCCGGCGCCCGCCGCCGGCGCGCCCCCUUCGCCCAGCACAACCACCCCCCACCCCCGGCGCCCCUGCCGCCGGCCCGCAGACUGA